GAAUAAAAAGGAAAUAAAUUUGCUCCAUCUUUGACAUUUCAAGACUUUUUUCUAUUCUCAUAAAUAAAUAAUUAAUAAAAUUAAAAAAAAAAAAAAUACUAAUUAUUGGAAAAAAAAAAAAAAAAAAUAAUUCAAGUUUAAAUCUUGAAAAAUAAUUAAAAAAGAACAAUGGAAGAUGUACUGAAUGAGGUUGUGUCGUCAGAAGACUUGAAAAAAUUUGAAAAUAUAUACAAUGAGCAGCUGAGAACGUCGAACGUAACUCAAAAAGCACAAUUCGAGUAUGCUUGGUGUCUUGUACGAAGUAAAUAUCCAUCGGACAUAAGAAAAGGAAUCGUUCUGCUGGAAGAUCUGUUCAAUAACCACGGAGACGCUGAAAAAAGAGAUUGUCUUUAUUAUUUAGCUAUUGGAAAUGCGCGGAUUAAAGAGUACACCAAAGCACUUCAUUAUGUCCGAGCAUUUUUACAAGUUGAACCAGGAAAUAAACAAGUACAAGAUUUAGAAACUUGUAUCAGAAAAAAAAUGGAAAAAGAGGGUCUGGUAGGAAUGGCUGUAGCUGGAGGGGUGAUCGUUGGACUUGCGAGUAUCCUCGGACUCGGUAUCGCAAUGGCUAAAAAAUCUUAGCCGACUUAAAACAAAUUGCUAAUUUUAACCAAAUGUUACAUUUCAUUGUUAUAUAUUUAUAUAAUUUUUUUUUUUUUAAUACUUUAUCCAAAAAUUACUUUUACUAUAAUUUACAAUACAUAAUUAUGAAUUUAAUUAUUGCGUUACUUUAAGAGUCGAUUGCGAACGACUGAGGUUGUUAUGUACACUUUCAAGUCUUCGUUGUACUUCUUACUUGAUUUGUAUAGUUUUGUUACUUUGUUAUUAUUUGAUGACUAACUUAACAUAAUACUACAAGUAGUCAAUGCGUACUAAUCUAUGUAAAUUUUGUAUUGGGUAAUUUUUUUUUGUAUUAUUAUUAUUAUUAUUUUUUUUUUUUUGUAAAUAGAGGUGAGACUCGAAAGAAAAAUAAAUUUCUUUCAUAUUUAUUAAUCCUCUACAAUAACAUAAUGUAACUCUACACAAAGAAAUUAUUUAAAUUUCCUAAAUAAAGAUGA